CAAGAACUGGGGUCCCCAGAACCACAUGUCAAAUGACCAACUAUUUAGUUCACGAGGGACUAAGAUAUUCGCCAACUCCUCUUGCUAGAAUCUCGUGCUCUAUGCCGAUGAGACACGCCCAAUACGCCUAGAACCCAAGGUCUUACGGUAGACCCAGCGGGACUGCUAUGUCAUACCUGCCCCAACGCAAGAGCUAUCGAUCAAAGUCGUUGAGCAGAUGAGGUUUAUUCGAGGAGCGCUUCACAACAAUGUCUGCAAAUGAAGCUGCGCCCGAGCAGAGGAAGCGUCUUUCUGACGCUAUCGGGAUAGGAAGCAAGGACAGGGACCUUGUUGUUGGGGAUCCAAGGAAGUCCCUACAUGAUUUACGAAUACUCUCAAAUACCACAACGAGCCGCCUCGAUAAUACUUAUUAUUCCGUCCUAGAGAAGCUCAGUGUACUGCAAGCUUCGAUUGCCUCACUGAAAGAGCUGUCUUUGAUCGCAAGGCAGCUAAACGAAGACUUUGAUGAUGAUUCACAAGAUGUUGCGAGGGAGAUUCAAGAGCAGAUAAAGGCCUUUGGUGACUUCAAAGAACCACAGACGAAGAUAGAAGCUUUACAGGCGCGGAUACAGACCGGCAGGGAUAAGGUGAACAAGCUAGGGGCCAGAGUCGAAGUGAUCAGGAAGAGGGCAGAGGGAUGGGCCAAGGUUGAAGACCAGUGGCAGGAGAAGACCCGAAAGAGAAUCAAGCUCUUCUGGGGCCUCAGCGCUACAACAGUGGUGGUGCUGGUGGGACUGCUCAUAUUCCAAUAUACACCAGCACGGAGCCCAGUACCGGGCAUAAUGGAUGGACUGAACGCCCAGAACAUUAAGAGUGGUGUGCUAGACUUCGAGAGAGGUCUGGUAAAUGAGAGCCUGACUAUAGAGACUGAAGUUUCUAAGGUCCUGGAGGGGCUACGAAAGUCACCAAACGACACUCUCGAGGAAGAUCCACGGCUUAAGGUAUUCGACGAAUUAUAAUGUUAAUAUUACCACAACUAUUGGAAACUACUGCCUCGAACUGUGAUGUCUGAGAUGUCUGCGAGA